AUGCUUGAGGUGGUUGAGAAUCAACGAUGGUAUCCGAUUAUGGGCUGGACAACGCAUUUACAAGCAGAAGAUCCUCCUGCCUGGUGUACUGUACAUCAAGUAGCGUGUCCUAGUAAAGAUGAACAGAAAAGUGUCAUGUGGCAAGUUUACAAGGGUCAAGAUUAUGACGAGGAAGGCUGGCUCUAUGGAGAGAAGUUUCAAGAUACUUUAGGUCCCAUGACACGUUCCAGUGUCGUCCGUACACGAGUUUGGAUGGGAUUUGAGACAGAAGAGCAGAAAGAAGCUGUGCUUGUUGCUACUGGAGCUGCAGGAUCGACUUUUGGGGGUGAAGAAGCGUUGGAGACGAGUGAGAAGAAUGACAAAGAGAAAGAUGAGGAGGAAAGAAAUGAAAAAGAAGAUGCUGUGGCGGGGUGUGUGAUAGAAGGAGUGGAGAGUGAUCAGUCCGCACGGAAUGCUGAGAAUACAAGAGAUGACGACUUAUCUUCAUUGACUGAGAGUGAUGCAACGACCAAUGUCGAUGGCUCAUCGAGUUCAUCGGGUUUUUUCGAAAGAAUUUCGUCGGCUGCAUUAUUUUUGCCAUCGUCAGCAUUUAAUUUGGCUGGGUCAUCAUCGAAGCAAGCAGUGUAUGGAACGGUGCAAUCGAUAAAGGAAGCGUCACUUUUUGGGUUUGAGAUGGCACAGGCGGCUACUACAGCUGCAAUUUCGUCGGAACCACAAAUUUCGUUGAUUCACAAAGGACAAAAGCACGUUGAUGUGGAAAAUGACGCGAAGGUUCUGUCCAUGUUAUCAAAGCGAUUCCCAGAUCUGUCACCGUAUCAGCGAUCAAUGGUGACGUGCUGCGAAGGCGAUAUUGUGAAUUAUGUGUCUCCUCCAGAACUAACUGUGUCAAAACGCUGCAAGGAAUGCAAUAUCGAGUUUGGUAUGACUAAGUUUCGUUAUCAAUGUGGCUACUGCUCUGAAUCGUUCUGCAGAACUCAUUUGCCAGAGUCCGCUAUCAUUCGCGCGUAUGGUUGCACAGCUCCAUCGAAAGUGUGCAUGAAUUGUUAUUCCGUUUUGAUGGAGAAGAUAGACCAGCAGCUUGUCCAAUGGCGCAUUGAGCGUGUAAAAGACUACCUCAGUGACAAGCUUAUUCUGUACUACAACACAGCCACCGACACAGCUGUUGACAAGAUUAUGCGUGCUGCUGAAGGCACACUUGUCGCGGCCAGGUCUGCUCCAAUUGGUGCAGCGGCGAAAAUGGCUGUCGUGAGUGCCGAUUUCUUGCGUAAAUACGGCAGGGCUGGAUUGCUUGGUUUUAUUCUGCGCAAUGAGUUUAUGCAGUCAUUUUCGACAUUGAAAGGUUUGCUGGGCGACCUGGGUGAUCUUGGCUUUCAAGAUGCGGCCAUUGGCGCAUAUUACUUCAUGGCGAUGAAUCGUGGAGAACGUGGCGCACAACCUGAAAAGGAGAAGGUAAGCCAUAACGGAUGUGAGCCAGUCUCGGACGAGCUUUUGUCAAAGGUGCUUAAGUACGCACCGUUAGCAUUGCACGGCAUCUACGAGUCAGACGUCUUGGAUGUCCAGCGCAUUAGCAGGUUGCAAGGAUUCUCUUUGAUUUAUGCACAUGUUCAAGACCAAGACAUUCGGCACCCUUCCUUUGCGCUGCUGGGUAACAAGGAAACGAAGACGGCACUUGUCUUGAUUCGAGGCUCCAAAUCUGUUCAAGAUGCACUGACGGAUAUUCAGGCUUACCCUGAGGAGAUCGGUUUGUCUGCGGCAGGUGCGCCUCAGAGCGAAGCAACCGGUGGUUUUGUUGAUGCGUUCGCACAUAAUGGCAUGCUCAAAGCUGUCAUGUGGAUCAAGGAUCGUAUUGUCAAAUCGUUACGUGUGCUACACAUUGAAGGCUAUCAUAUUGUGUUUGCAGGUCAUUCCUUGGGAGCUGGCUGUGCGGCGCUGCUGUCAGUCAUGUUGCAGAAAGAGUUCGCGGAUCUUGAAUGUUUUGCGUACGCUGUCCCUGCUUGUGUAAAUUUGAGUGUCGCCGAGUCUUGCAACGAUUUCGUCCAUUCAAUUGUGCUUCGAGACGAUAUUGUGCCUCGUGCCAAGGCUUCUAAUGUUCUCAAACUUGUUGAUGAGCUGAAGAACUUCAAAGGAUAUUGGCGUGACACGGCAUCUGAAGAUUUGGAGGCGUUUAAGGAGCGGGCAAAGACGAUUUGGGCACCAAGAAAUCGUGAGUGGGCCAAGGAGGCGGCUAAUCAACGAAAGGGGAAGCUUGCUAUGAGGGAUGAACCAGCUGAUCAAAGGAAGACAAAUUCUCCAAAAGAAAGACCCACCUUAGCUGAGAAAAAAGCAGAAGCGGUCAGUAGAGAAGAAAGCGUCUCGUCCUGGACACUUACACGAACAAACCUGAUCGACCAACUUGACAAAGCCGGUGAAAAAAGCAGUGAAGAAGAAGCUUUAGAGCCAUCAAUCGAGACGCGCCAAGAGGAAGAAAUUAUGAUUGCGGAGUUGGCAACGGUCUUGGUUGAGAAUCCGAGAGAGCUUUAUAUCCCUGGCAAAGUGACGCACAUUUUUUUUCACAAAGGAAUUUUCGAAGCUGUACACGUUGACCGCAAGUGUGAAGAGCUGUCACACAUUCCGGUGCAACAGAACAUGCUGAGCGACCACCUAGGUCGCAAUUAUUUAAGCGCACUACGUAUUGUCCGUGAUGCACGUCGUGUCAAGCCUACACUACCAGAGUGGGUGCCUUUCAGCACGAAGACCCGCUGCAUGUGCUGUGAUUCGCCUUUUACAUGGAACUCAACGUCUUCUAGUGAGGCACAGCAGAACCGUGACCAGCACAAUUGCCGACGUUGCGGUGCUCUUGUCUGCGAAGGUUGUUCCGAGAAAUUCAAGUCAAUCCCAGAGUUUGGAAUCAAUGUGCCAGUUCGCGUAUGCGAUCGUUGCAAUUACGAGGCUUGA